AUGGCGGUGACCGGCGCCAGCGUGCAAGGUCGAGUCCGCGGGCGUGACGAGGAUGACGACAGGCGGCACGCCACAGCGACGGACCGACGCGUUCAAGACGACGUCGACGACGAGUCGGGGCUCCUGCUCGCAGGCCGCGCGUUGAGAGAGCGGCAACAACAUUUGGUAUCAGAGCUUGAUGUCUUGGGCGUGCUUGCCGUGCCAGAGGCGUGGCAGCGAUGGCGGCGCUCGCCGGCGGCUGCGCGAUGGAGCUCCGGGCCGUGUGUCGGCCUAUGGAGGUGGGCGGCGCUGCGGCUGUCAUGGCGCGUGGCGGAAGCAGCGGGCGGUGACGUCGUACGUGCGGCGAGCGCGGAGGCCACGGAGGCGGCGGCGCUUCAUGGCGGGGCGGCGUGGAGGCGCGGCACGACGGCAUGGAGGCGCGGCACGGCGGCAUGGAGGCGUGGCGCGGCGACCGGGAACGUCGACCACGAGGGACGCGGCGCGGGUUUCCAUUUCCGCUUGGGCCUGCCGGGCGCCGCCGCUGAUCUCGUCUCCACUCUCCCCGACUCCACCAAAACCACCACGCCGAUGCUCCUCCGUUCUGGGCGGCGCCUGGCCGCCCAGGAAGAACCGGGGCGGACGGCCCCGCCGAGGAGGAGAAGCAGGGCAAGGUCGGACCGGCUCGCCGGCAUCCCCGAUGAGAUCCUGCAGCAGGAGAUCCUGCCCCGCCUCCCGGCCAAGUCCGUGCUCCGCUUCCGCGCCGUCUGCCGGUCCUGGCGCAGCCUCGCGUCCGACCCCACCUUCCUCCUCGACCACCACCGCCGCCAGCCGGCGCUUCCCCUGAUUAGGUCCUGCCGGAUCGCCGCCCGCGGCCUAGAAUCCGGCCUCAACGCCAUCCACCUCCGGUCCGCGAAGCUCGGCCCCUCUUUCCAGUUCCCAUUCCGCGGCUAUUUCGGCAUCGCCGCCUCCUGCAACGGCCUUUUCGUCGUCGGCAGCUACAUCAUCUGCAAUCCGGCCACGCGCGAGUGGGCUGCCAUCCGGCAGGACAGGAAGCCCAUAGAGAAUCUCUCCGCCCUCUUCCGGCACCAAACUUCAGGGGAGUUCCGCGUCAUGUACUGGAAAAACAACUCUAUGGAGUUGAUCUGUCGGCAGGAGUAUUACGUCCUCACGGUGGGAACCAACAAUUCAUGGCUCGUCGAUUGUCCGUUAACCGAGGUUUUGGCCGAGGAACCAUCCAUCUUUGGCGCGCCGGUCCUCCUCAAUGGCAGCCUGCACAUACACUGGAGGAGACGGUCAGGUGUUCGCUACCACAGGAUACGGGUGUUCGACACAGUAGCAGAGACGUCGCGGCAGAUGAGUCCGCCGCCUGUGAACCCCCGCCAUGUCAUGCACUUGCUUGACCUCGGUGGCAAGCUUGCUGCGUCCACCAGCAAGGAUGGCAUGACUGGGAUGUCCAUUUUUGUGCUUCAGGAUCCUGAGCACGAUGUCUGGGCGUUCCAGUACCAGAUCAAACUGCCUGUGAUGGAAAUCAGGCGCUUUCAGGAGCAAGGUGAUUGGUUGGCGAAGGUUGUCUCCGAGGAGGGGGACGUGCUUGUCAGCUGCUAUGGCCAUCUCCUGCAAUAUGACAAGAAGGGUAAUUUGGUACGUAAGUUCAAGUAUGAUGAUGACAUGCCGGUAGUCAUUCCUCACAGGUUCAAAGAGAGUCUUAUCCAGCAUACAUUUUUCCGAAAGACAAAGAAGAAGAAUGGAUUCGUACUCACUCCUGGAUAGCUGAUUUCGCGCCAUGUUAAAUCUAAGCGAUGCUGGAGUACCUCAAUCGGUGCACCUAUGUCCAGGAGAUGAGAAGAUUAAUCUUUAUGUUCACCUGCCCCAACUUGCUUGGGACAAAAGGCUUUGUUGUUGUUCUGUUGUUCUUGUUGUUGUUAUUGUUCACCUGUCCAGUUUAUCAACUCAUGUGAAAAGUUCAGGCACAGAUGAUGUUGUUGUACUUAAUUUGCCGCGCCUAUGUUUAGGUGUCCGCUGCUAUACCUAUGCUGAACUGUCCUGUUCGCCUAGCGCAACU